CAUGUCGUUUCAAUCAGCGAGGCAGUAUGCAUGGGUAGAACAUAGAUUGUUUACCAAUGAAACGAACGUGUCAGCUCUCUUCGUCCUACGUGAAAGUUUGCAAGUUCCUUCAAAAGUUGGAUGCGACACGAACUGACAAAGUCAGCGGAUCGAAACUCUCGUAAAAACUGCCACUUGUGGUGGGAUUCCUCGUUACUGUUGCCGGGAAUUUAAACGAAAAUGAGGGUUCUGUUGUUUGCUAUCUGCUCAGGAGUGUUACUGGGUAUGGUGGUAAACGCUCAAAGGGUUCUAGAGUGUCCCGAUUGUGAGCGUACAGCAUGCGAGAAGGUAUCCGAAGAAAUAUGUCCCGCUGGAGUCCUCCUUGACGAAUGCGGCUGCUGUUCUGUCUGCGGGAGAACACUCGAUCAAAACUGUGGCGGGAAAUUUUGGAAUCUCGGUCGUUGUGGUCGGGAUUACUACUGCUCGGGACCACACCCCGAUAAAGCAAUCAAUAUCAGGAAAGGAGAGGUGGGAUUCUGCAAAUGUCGGGAGAGUAAACGUGUUUGCGGGAAUGACGGGAAUGUAUAUGAGAACGUCUGUUCAAUGAAUGAGACGAGUCAUGAACAGAGAAAACACGGAGGAAAUAAAAUUGAGGUUUCGAGGGAUAGGAAGAUUUGCAGAAGUGCUCCUCGUCUUCAAAUGGUAAACCCGUCCAACAGCAGUUCGACAACCAAACAUCUUGGUGAACAGACCUACAUGCAAUGUGAAGGGGAAGGCUUUCCGGCACCUCUCAUCGCAUGGACGAAAGAUGGCGCUAUACUACCCGGUGAUCAUGCAAACAUUGCUGUACAGACGAUUGGUGGACCGCAAGAGAAUCAGGCCACUGGAUGGCUGCUCAUAUCCCCGGUCACACAGGCGGAUGCCGGGGAAUACACCUGUGAGGUGACGAACGGUGAGGGCGACAUUCUCCGAGCUACAAUGUUUCUUGACGUUACAGAUGCUUAGACUAACGACACUGAGAACUGGAUUGAGAAAUGUCAGCAAAAUAUGAUAUCAGAAAGAAGGAAGAUUAAUUCUUCGGAAUGCGGAAUGUCAUUCAGCUUAGAAGCCAUUAUUUUACUCAUACCUUCUGGGUAAACUCAUGCCUGUGAUGUUCGCAGCACAAUCUAAAGUAAUUAAAUAUUCAUAUCCAUGGCAUCCAGGAUUCUAUAGUUGUUCUCUGUGAUUUUGCCACUGCCUAUAAUGAAUCUUUUUUUUAGCCUUCUUAAUUAGUUUUUUUCGAAGAAAGUAAUCCUGGAAUGGUUACCUGUUAUGCUGUGCCAAAUUUAAUCGAGACACAAGUUGUGGAUUAUGAAAAUCUUUUGAUUCUUUCUUUGAUACAUAUCAGUGCCAUAAUAACCUUGCUUACAGUAUUACACAAUCCUAUUACCAUAGAAUUUUCAUAAAAUGACAUUAAAUAGGAAAGUGCACAAAUAUAUUAUAAGUGGCUUAGAAUAGUGUCGUUUGCAUUACAUUAAUAAUGUCACGGGCCUACUUAAUAUUAUUCUGCAGCCACAGACCCCGAUUUAAACUUUGAUCAGCAAGUGUGUCUCCACGCAAAGACUAGCACAUACAAAACUUAUUUUGAGGGCCUUCAGUACACGAGGCAUGAGUAUGUUGCACAUUCAGACCCUGAACUAGAGCGAAGGGUUUGCAUGGCAGGGCUAAGCUAAUAUCGCCGUGAAGCUUGUUUGUUUAUUUAUUGUCAAUUAAAGUCCGUCA